UAGAGGGGUAAAAUUGGGAUUGUCGACAGGUCUAGUCAAGAGAGAAGCUUCUGUUUUCGCCAACUCCCCUUUCCUUUCUGCAUUUUCUCUUCACUAUUUUUUUUUUUCUUCAUACUUGUCAGGCUCUAACGUGUUAGAGAUAUCUUUCGUUCAGAAAUUUCUGAGUUGUUGAUUCCUGACUCUGUGCAUUAUUAGAUGUAGCUGAGAAGAUUCUCAUCAUUUCCUCUGUAUUGGAUUUCGUGUCGAGGAUUGUUCAGCUGAUUUUUCUCGGAAAAAAUCUGUUGUCAAUCUUGAGGCAUUGUCGAGAUUAGCGACCAAAAUGCGCGCACCAUCUCUUCUAGCCCAAUGCUUGCCUGGGUUGGUGCCUCAUGACCGUGACAAUAUGUCUACAUUAUCAGACAGGGAUUUGCAUCUUCCAACCCCUGCUGUUGAGAUUGUACCUUCUAAGACAGCUCAUCCAUACAAAUAUUCAGGGGAGAACGUGGAUGUGCACGGGUUAAACAUCUUCAAGGGGAAAGUAAGUGUUGCUGAUUUAAUUGGGCUCUCUGGUUCAGAAAUCGCUCCGCUAAAACAUGAUGGGUCUUUAAGAAGUUGGGAAAGCUCUAUCGACCUUGUUAGCAUCCUAAAAAACGAGAUCCGCGAUGGACAACUGAGCUUCAGGGGCAAAAGGGUCCUUGAGCUAGGUUGUGGUUAUGGAGUUCCUGGGAUAUUUGCCUGCUUGAAAGGUGCUUUUACAGUCCACUUUCAGGACCUCAACGCUGAAACAGUGAGAUGUACAACAAUUCCAAAUGUUCUGGCGAACCUCGAGCAAGCUCAGGACAGGCAGAGCCGGCAGCAAGAAAGCCCGCUUACCCCGUCCAGGCAAACCGUGUCUGCAUCUGUCCGUUUCUAUGCAGGAGACUGGGAAGAGCUUCCGACGGUCUUGUCCAUCAUAAGAAAGGAUGUCUCUGAACCAACCACGGGAAUGAGCCUGAGCUUCUCCGAGGAAGAUUUCAUGGAUGGAUGUAGUAGCCAAGACGGGAGUGUGACUGGACAACACGAUUUCUCCUUCAGACGUUCAAGGAAACUAUCCGGCAGCCGGGCUUGGGAAAGAGCCAGUGAGACAGAACAAGGAGAAUGCGGGUACGACGUCAUUUUGAUGACCGUUAUCCCUUACUCCGUCACUUCUCUGAAGAAACUAUAUGCCCUCAUAAAAAAGUGUGUGAGACCACCGUACGGAGUAGUGUACUUGGCCAUGAAGAAACAGUAUGUUGGUUUCAACUGCGGAGGGAGACACCUUAGAAACUUAGUCGAGGAAGAAGCCAUUUUCGGAGCUCAUUUGGUGAAGGAAACAGCCGACAGAGAUAUCUGGAAGUUCUUCCUCAAGUAGGGAACUGAACUAUAAAAGUAUACAAAAACAGAACAUCUGUAUAAUGUAAUAUCUUAUCCAUGAAAUAUUUUGUUCUUUCAAUUUCAUUAUUAUUAUUUUCCUAUUUUGCUAUUCAAAUCCUUUGGGUUUCAGUUGUACAUUGAAAUUAUAUAUGCAAUACUGAUUUGGUGAA